AUGGGUUCGCUACCCCAAGAAUCAAGAAAAUCCCAUGCAUAUGCGCACGCCGUGUGCGUCCCCUUCCUGACCCAAGGCCACAUCAACCCCAUUAAGCAGGUGGCCAAGCUCCUCCACGCGCACGGCACCUUCGUAACGUUCAUCAACACUGAGUUCAACCACCGUCGCCUCUUCUGGUCUAAGGGACCCGACUCGCUCCAGGGCCUCAAGAACUUCUACUUCGAGACGAUCCCGGAUGGCCUCCCACCAUCGGACCGCGACGCAACACAGGAUCACCCAGCCCUCUACGACUCAAUCCGGAAGAACUGCUUGGGCCCUUUCAAAUGGGGUGAUGAGCUUCGCCAGCAAAGCCGCAAGAGAGCUCGCUUGUGGGUUCAUGGGUUAUUUGCAGUACAGAGAGCUUGUCAAGAGUGGGAUCGUUCCAUUCAAAGUUGUGGAUUGGAUCCUCACUGCGUAUUAAAUAUAACAAAUGAAGACUUCCUGAACAACGGGACGCUCGAUGAUCCUGUCAACUGGAUCCCCGGCAAGAGAAACAUCCAACUCUGGGACAUCCCAAGCUUCAUACGGACCACGGACCCGAACGACAUCAUGUUCGAAUUCUUAGGAGAAAAAGAUAUUCUCGCAAGCUCAAUCAAGUCUUUCAGGUUGAAUCUGUGGAAGGAAGACUACAGCUGCCUCGAAUGGCUCGAUCAGAGAGAAGCCGAGUUGGCUGUGUACGUGAACUAUGGGUGUGUCACUGUCAUGACUAAGGAACAUCCGAAGGAGUUUGUUUGGGGGCUUGCAAAUAGCAAGCGUCCAUUUAUGUGA